AGAAGAGGAGGUAUCUUGCAGUGGGCCUCUGUCCCAAAAACAAGCAGAGUUUUUUCUUUCUCAACAGGCUGCUUUGUUGAAGAAUGAUGAGACUAAAGCCCUCACUCCAGCUUCCUUGCAGAAAGAAUUGAACAACUUGUUGAAAUUUAAUCCUGACUUUGCUGAAGCGCAUUACCUCAGCUACUUAAACAAUCUCCGAGUCCAAGAUGUUUUCAGCUCCACACACAGCCUCCUUCAUUAUUUUGACCGCCUGAUUCUCACGGGAGCCGAAAGCAAGAGUAACGGGGAAGAGGGCUAUGGCCGGAGCCUGAGAUACGCUGCUCUGAACCUGGCUGCCCUGCACUGCCGCUUCGGUCACUAUCAACAGGCAGAGCUCGCCCUGCAGGAGGCAAUUAGGAUUGCCCAGGAGUCCAACGAUCACGUGUGUCUCCAGCACUGUUUGAGCUGGCUUUAUGUGCUGGGCCAGAAGAGAUCCGAUAGCUAUGUUCUGCUGGAGCAUUCUGUGAAGAAAGCAGUACAUUUUGGGUUACCGUACCUCGCCUCCCUGGGAAUACAGUCCCUUGUUCAACAGAGAGCUUUUGCUGGGAAGACGGCCAACAAGCUGAUGGAUGCCCUAAAGGACUCUGAUCUCCUGCACUGGAAACACAGCCUGUCGGAGCUCAUCGAUAUCAGCAUUGCCCAGAAAACGGCCAUUUGGAGGCUGUACGGCCGCAGCACCAUGGCCCUGCAGCAAGCCCAGAUGUUGCUGAGUAUGAACAGCCUGGAGUCGGUGAGUGCGGGUGUGCAGCAGAACAACACAGAGUCCUUUGCCGUCGCUCUCUGCCAUCUUGCAGAGCUCCAUGCAGAGCAGGGGUGUUUCGCUGCAGCUGCUGAAGUGUUAAAGCACUUGAAGGAACGAUUUCCACCCAAUACUCAGCAUGCCCAGCUGUGGAUGCUAUGUGAUCAAAAAAUACAGUUCGACAGAGCAAUGAAUGAUGGGAAAUAUCAUUUGGCUGAUUCACUUGUUACAGGAAUCACAGCUCUUAAUAGCAUAGAAGGUGUAUAUAGAAAAGCGGUUGUACUACAGGCUCAGAACCAAAUGACAGAGGCACAUAAGCUUUUACAGAAAUUGUUGACCUACUGUGAGAAAUUGAAGAACACAGAAAUGGUGAUCAGUGUCCUGUUGUCGGUGGCAGAGCUGUACUGGCGAUCUUCUUCCCCUACCAUCGCGAUGCCUGUGCUCCUGCAGGCUCUGGCCCUCUCCAAGGAAUACCGGUUACAAUACUUGGCCUCUGAAACUGUGCUGAACUUGGCUUAUGCCCAGCUCAUCCUUGGAAUCCCAGAACAGGCCUUAACCCUUCUCCACAUGGCCAUUGAGCCCAUCCUGGCUGAUGGGGCUAUUCUGGACAAAGGCCGAGCCAUGUUUUUAGUGGCCAAGUGCCAGGUGGCUUCAGCAGCUUCCUAUGAUCCACCGAAGAAAGCAGAAGCUCUCGAGGCUGCCAUCGAGAACCUCAACGAAGCUAAAAACUAUUUUGCAAAAGUCGACUGCAAAGAGCGAAUCAGAGACGUCGUUUACUUCCAGGCCAGACUGUACAAUGCCCUGGGGAAGACCCAGGAGAGGAACCGGUGCGCAAUGCUCUUCCGGCAGCUUCAUCAGGAGCUACCCUCCCAUGGGGUACCCUUGAUCAACCAUCUCUAGAGACCAUAGCCCUGCUGGCCGUGUGCAGAGCAUCACACUCUGGACUCAUUCGUGCUUCUCCCUGCACAUAAAUGGUGGAUGCAUGACACUUUUGUCUGUCAAUAAAUUGCAUUCUGAU